AUGGUUCUCGAGGCUGUCAUGAUCGUUGUGGACAACAGCGAAAGCAGCCGGAAUGGAGACUAUCAGCCGACGCGAUUCGACUCACAAGUUGACGCCGUCAACGUGCUCUUCCAGACCAUCACCUCGGGCAACCCGGAGUCAUCCGUCGGCCUCAUGAGCAUGGGCGGAAAGGGCCCGGAAGUGCUCGUCACCCUCACCACAGAGCAGGGCAAGAUCCUGGAAGGCCUGCACCGGACGAAGAAGAAGAUUGGUGGAUCAUCCCACCUGAAGACUGGUAUCCAGAUCGCAGCGCUCGCCCUCAAGCACCGACAGAACCGAUCGCAGCGCCAACGAAUAAUAGCAUUUGUCUGCUCUCCCGUCGAGGAGUCAGAGAAGGAGCUGGUGCAGCUGGCCAAGAAGAUGAAGAAGGGCAACAUCUCCAUCGACUUUGUCCUGUUCGGCGAGCUCGACGACGACACCACGCAGAAGAAGCUGCAGGCAUUCAACGACGCCGUCAAGGGCAACGAGGGCUCACACCUGGUCGUCAUCCCACCUAGCAGCAAGCUGUUGAGUGACCAGCUCAUCUCGACACCCAUCAUGCUUGGCGAAGGGGCUGGAGCGGGCGGCGGCGGCUCCGGCGCCAACGACGAGUUUGAGUUUGGCUUCGAUCCGGCGAUUGAGCCCGAGCUGGCCCUUGCUCUGCGCAUGAGCAUGGAAGAGGAGAAGGCUAGACAAGAGCGGGUAGCAAAGGAACAGGAGGAGGAGGCGAAGAAGGCGUCCUUGGAGAGCGUCAAGGAGGAGAAUGAGGCUAGUGGGAGCGGGAGCGGCAGCGGAGGUAGCGCGGACAAGGACAAGGACAAGGACAGCGGCGACAAGAUGGAUACCUCGUGA